ACGAGGAAUAUCGAUGUCCAUUAUUAUUUUGUAAAUGAGCUAAUGAGAAUGAAAGCGACAAAAUGAACUUGCGCUGAACUGAUGCUUAUCCCUCGGGCCCCCUCCUCUUCUCUGCAGAUACAGCAUCAUCAACUGGCGCAGCCCCUCUCCCCUUCUCAGCCCUCCCCCUCGCUGAGACAUCAGUGCCCUCCCCCCAUUCUCCACCCCACCCUAACUAGGACUACAGGUUUACCCAAAGAGGCGACGCUUUUAUUGUAAAGCUGGAAUUGGAGAAAAGGGGCGAUGGUAUUUUGAGUCCAGACUCUCUUCCUCUUCCUUUUCUUCUUCCUUCUUCCCUUCCUCCAUUACCUGCUCCUCCCUUUUCUCCUCCCCUUCAAAUCUAACUGCUCAGAGGAACUCCAAACCCUAAGGCAAGAGGAGAAACAAGGGGGAAAGGCGGAGGCAAGGAAAGAGAGGAGAACGAAGGAGGGCGCCCCAACCACCUGCACUGGUAAGCGGAGGAGAGAAAAGCGGAUUCAGCAAGGACCGAGCAGGAGGACUUGGCUGUGCCUGGCCAGAGCUCGGCGAACCUAGCGUCAGGAAGCACCAAGAGGAAGAGAAGGCGCACAGUGGGGACUUGAGGGGAGGAUGGACACGGAUUAUCCUGCCUUUGAGAAGCCUCUCUGCAGAGAGCUCAAGCACUUCUGCAAAAGGCUCGGUGAAGCAUACCAAGAGCUGAAGGAGGACCUCACCCCUUACAAAGAUGAUCGCUACUACAGCCUCUGCUUGGGGAACCCUUGGUGUCCCUCAGAAUCUCGGUACAGUAUCUGUUCCAGAGCGGCAGGCUGUCCUGAGAAUAGUGCAAUGUUGGCACCCAUGCGAUUGUACACCCUGUCCAAGAGACACUUCGUCCUGGUCUUUGUUGUGUUCUUCAUUUGUUUUGGCUUGACUGUCUUCAUUGGAAUUGCAGGUCCUCAAGCGAUCCAGUCUACUUCAGAAGACCACCAAGUGAACAGUAGUAGCUUAAAGCUAAAGCCAUUUCUUCUCAAUUCAGGACCACUUUCUACCUAUAAUCAGCAGUUAUGGCUGACGUGUGUUAUUCAGCUGGAUCAAUCACAUGAUACCACAAUCCAGACAAGCUUUUCUAUGACUGUGAAAGUAGACGGUGUGACCCAGCAUGCAAGCAAGACAUUUGUGCAGAACAAAGUUCAUAAUCGGACGAGGACCCUCAGCUGUGCAGGGAAAUGUGCUGAGAUCAUUGUGGCUCACCUUGGGUAUCUGAAUUACACUCAGUAUACUGUCAUCGUGGGAUUUGAGGACAUGAAAGCUCUGAACAGCCACAUCAAAGAUGUGAACUUCACAUGGAGGACUUACAACCCAUCCUUUUCUCAAGUGGAAAUUUGGUUCCGAUUUGUCUUCGUGGUGUUUACAUUCAUGGUCACUUGCCUGUUUGCACAUUCCCUCUGGAAAUUCUCCAUGAGAGACUGGGGGAUUGAACAAAAGUGGAUGUCCAUAUUGUUGCCCCUGCUACUGCUCUAUAAUGAUCCGUUCUUCCCCCUCUCCUUCCUGGUAAACAGUUGGUUUCCUGGCAUGCUGGAUGACCUCUUCCAGUCUGUGUUCCUCUGUGCAUUGUUACUCUUCUGGCUCUGUGUGUAUCAUGGGAUCCGGGUACAGGGAGAAAGAAAAUGUUUAACAUUCUAUUUUCCUAAAUUCUUCAUUGUUGGACUACUAUGGUUGGCUUCUGUCACAUUAGGAAUAUGGCAAACGGUAAAUGAAUUACAUGAUCCAAUGUACCAGUAUAGAGUUGACACAGGAAAUUUUCAGGGAAUGAAGGUUUUUUUCCUGGUGGUAGCUGGCAUGUAUAUUUUAUACCUUUUGUUCUUGAUCGUGAGGGCAUGCUCAGAACUUCGUCAUAUGCCUUAUGUUGAUCUCAGGUUAAAAUUCUUGACUGCAUUGACUUUCGUAGUACUUGUUAUUAGCAUCGUUAUACUUUAUCUACGGUUUGGAUCACAAGUGUUACAGGACAACUUUGUAGCUCAGCUGUCAAAUCGCUACCAGAAUUCAGCGGAAUUCUUAUCUUUCUAUGGCCUGCUGAACUUUUAUCUCUACACUUUAGCCUUUGUCUAUUCACCAUCUAAGAAUGCACUGUAUGAGUCCCAGUUGAAAGAUAAUCCAGCCUUUUCCAUGCUUAAUGACUCUGAUGAUGAUGUGAUUUAUGGGAGUGACUAUGAAGAGAUGCCCCUGCAGAAUGGCCAGGCCAUUAGAGCCAAGUACAAAGAAGAGUCUGACAGCGAUUGAUGGCGCUUCAGUGGAGACCAGCUUGGCUGGCUAGAGAAGGUCCUGGACACUUUUCCUCAGUGCUCCAACUCUCCAGCCUUCCCUAGCCCUCUGCUUAAAGCUGAAUGUUUCCUCACAAGAAAGGCAGUUUUCCCUUUACUUCUUUGUGUUUACUGAUUUUUUAAAGACCAACCAGGACCAAAGGAAAAAAUUACAAUGUUGGGGAAAGGUAUUAGCAGGGUAGGGAGAUGAGAGGGGGAGAGUGGCAAAUGGUAAAGACCAAAUGGCCCUUUGAACGAUUGUAAGGAGAAACCUUUUUAUGUUAGAGCAUCAUUUCAUUGGAGCUAAAGUAGCUGCUCCUGAACUGAAGGUUUCAGAGUCCUGUGGUAUCCCAGAGCUCCUGAUGCCUCCAGGUCACCCUCAUUUUUAGUCUAAAGAUGUGUGCAUUCUUCUUUUGUAGCAUAUUCUCUUGAAGUGAUGUAAAAGCACUUAGGAGCCACUAAGUGGCCCAGUGGAGAGAGUGUUGGAGUCAGGAUAGCCUGAUUCGAGUCUUGCCUCAGGCACUUACUUGCUGUAUGACCCUGAGUAAGUCCCAUCCCCUCUUAUUUAAACUCCUGUCAAAUGAGAAUUAUAGCACCUACCUCACGAGAUGGUUGUGAGGCUGGAAGGAGACGAUGUUUGGAAAGUGCUUUGCAAACCUUACAGUACUUUAUAAAUGCCAGAUAUGAUGAUGAUGAUGUCAUGCAAGAAAAUGGCAACAUUCUCCUCUCUAUAGACAUUCUUCCCUCUUUAAGUCCAAGGGAAACUUAGAAACUUAUUGUGACUGCCUCAAGGGGGCAGCAUGCUGCUGUUUGCUGGCAAACACCACACCAGGUCACUUAAGUUGCUUGAGUUAAAUUAUCCUCCAGUUUAGAAAUAAAGCAUUAAGUUGAGGCUCAGCCAGGAGUGCUGUGUACCUCUAAGUAUACAGUAUGACCUGAUAGGCUGGCUCCCUCCAUCCCCUAAUAUAAAGAAAUAGGCAUUUAAACCAUUGAUGAUAGCUUCAACUACUGCUGGGCAGUUUGACCAGUAAGUACGUCCUUCCCCCUUCUCAUGUUGGGGUUGGGGGAGGGAAACUGAUGAGUCCAAUGAAGAAUAGAGGCUGUGCAACUUCAGAGCUCCAUUACAUAAAUGAAUGAUGGAGUGGAAUCCUGGGAAGUUUUUUCAGUUGUAUAUUGAAAAACCAAUAAAAUUAAAUAAUUUUCAUGUCAGUUUUGAAACAAAGUUUGUUCAGAAAACCUAUUUGAGAGGAAAAUCAUUUUCUGCAGAAACCCAAUUGGAGCUUUGUGUGAACAAAAGAAGUAAGUCACUGUUUAUGGGUCACAGUUUUGAAAUUCCAGAGCUAUGGUAACACAGCAUGGAAGGCCCCCAAGAGUUUUCAACUCCCCCUUUCCUGGAGGAUUAAUUUAAAAGCAGAGUUACAGGUGUGCCUUUGCAUUUCUUCCUGCAUCUUCCUUUCUGAUGCUAAUCUUUGACCUGGUGUGCACUGUGGAAAUCCCUGCAGAUGAUAUCCUGGAGAACAGGCGUAAAUAGUAUGAUGUAUGAUGCAUGCUUAGUACCCUUCUCCUUCCUAGGUGUACCCACAUUUAAAUGUCUGUUGUGUGCAAUUAGAAUUAUGCUUUCUUCCCUGCAGUGCUAGGACCUCAAAUGUUCAUGGGAAUGUUCUUCAUGGUGAUAAACAAAAACUAUCUCUUUAUAAGUUAACCUUUAGUGGUGUGGUGGUACCAUUAAUUACCUCUGUUGCUUAAUAUGGACUUCCACUUAGAUUUCUGUAGUUUUAAAACUCUUGUUUAAAGAAAUCAAUGUUUGAAUGAAAAUUACUUUAAGAUGACAAAGGUGAUUCAAGGUUUACAAAGUUUUUAUAUCCGUAAUGUCUUGGUAUUUUAUUCUGUGUAGCCAGUGAUAUUAGAAUAAUUUUUUAAAUAGAAUUUUAAUAUAUCUUCUAUCAGGCCUACUUUAAAAAUAAUUUUAGAUAAGAUAUCGAUGGCUUGUGCCAGUUAAUAGAUUCUAGAAUGUAUUUUACUAGUUUUGUUAUAAAUAAUUGUCAUCUGUGAUCUGGAAUGCUCUUGUUUCUUCAUCCUUGUAAAUAGUGGGGGAAUUUUGAAAUCCAUGUUUAGAUCCCUGUUUUGAAAAGAUCAUUUUUUUACUUGCAAGAUGAAAUUCAGGUUUCCAUUGACUGACAUCUUUAUAAUUUUACUCUUCAGGCACCAAAAUCAUUGAACUAAAAAUAUGGGAGAGCAAAUGUAUACUUUGCUUUUUUUUUUUUUAUAUUCCAAUUAUUCCCGAAAGAGUCCUUGCUUAGCAAAUAGAUACUUUAUUUUUUUCAUAUUCUAUCUACUUAUGAAAGAGUCUUGCUUUAGGGGAAAAUGUUCUUUUUAUUAAACCAGGCACACUCUAUUUUUAUUUGGGAUAACAUGUUCAUAUUCAAAAGUGUUAUAUUAUCCAGCAUUCAAAACAUAUUUACCACAUAGUAAUUAAACUGGACAUUACAUUUUGCUGAGAACUAUUUGUAAGAAGAACAUUCCUGGUUUUGUUCUGGUUUUUUUCAUCAGGCUUGGGGCAUGAAUCCAAACUUUACAAAUAUAUACCACAAAGCCAAAGAACUGGCUCUUGUCCUUCCUUAAUAGCCUGGAUGGAGACAUUUUUGGAAAGUUUGGGAGAAUUUUGCACUUUGGGCCACUCUAAAGGUAUGUGCUAGAAGAUGGCCAUGGACAUUUCAAGUUUUGUUCUGAUGAGGGGUAGAGGAAAAAUUGAGCUUUCACUUAAUAUACAUGAUAUGUUUAUUAUUGAAUCACAGCAAUAAAGAAUUUUUCCUUCCUGGUUUAAUCAUCUUUCCCCCAAAAUAAUGGAACCAAUAGCAUAAUAAACUGUGUCUUCGAGAAAGGCUAGAGUACUACUACAUUUGUAACUAUUUGCUUGAUUAUGUGAGAUUAUGACAUUUUUGCCAAUUGUAAUCCGUUGUAGAGACGGUGUCAGUGGCCCCAAAUGUUUAUAGAAUUACACUAUCAAUCUGAAGAGACUGGGACUUCUUCCCCAACUCCCUUUUUUCUAUUAAUCAGUUUGGUUUUUUAAUACAUGUUUUUCAGUGUUUACCUGUAAACUUUUUACUUUCAAAAAUCAAUUUAGUGGUUCAGCCUAAUUUUUGGACUAACACUAUUUACUAAAGUGUACAAAUCUAACUUAAAAUAUUACCUGGGGAAUUAUUUUUUUCCAACUCUUCUUAUCCACAGAAACCAAUAUAAGGUCUCACUUUUGCUUAUAUGUAAAUCUGUACUUUUCCUUUAAGGAGGAAAGAUUCUGACCUUUUAAGUUAGAUUUUUAAAAGAUAAAAAUCUUCUAAUAAUUCCUUCUCUAGGUCAAAGGGAAUUUGCUUUAUGCAGUGCCAUCUUUUUAUCCUUGUUUGAUCUUGAUUCCAGGUGUAUAGUGCUGUGAAAUGCAGAAGGGACUUGUAGUACUACAAACUGACUUUUUAAAUAAAAUUGUAAUAUUUAUAAAAUAAAAUUAUAUUUAAACUUGUAUACCAAAAGGAA